AUGGAGAGACCAAAGGCUACAGUGAAAGUGCGGCCAGCUGAGCGAGUGUUCAUCAGAGAGAGAGUCACUCUCACAUGUGAUAUAGAAAGUGGAGAAGACUGGAGAUACGAGUGGUUUAAGAAUAAUAAUCCUCUCAGUGAAGCUCAAUGGAGGAAGAAAUAUGAAAUCUCUAAUGUUGAUGGGUCUGAUGAAGGUGAUUAUAGCUGUAAGGGAAGAGGGUUAACAGAGCUGAGCUACUCAGAGAUCAGUGCUGCUGUUAGACUGACUGUAUCAGAAAAACCCAAACCAACACUGAGAGUGUAUCCUCACACCACUGUCUACACUGGAGACACACUUACUCUGACCUGUGAUCUGAAGAUCUCACACACUGGAUGGAAGUUUAUGUGGUUCAGAGUCUCUCAGCCGUUACAACCUCUGACUCCUGAAUAUAAAAACACCAACACACUCAGUAUAACAGCGUCUGAUACAGCAGAGUAUCAGUGUUCAGCACUCAGAGGAGAAAACAGCUACACAGACUACAGUGAUCCAGUCAAGAUUACAGUAAGAAAGAGACCAAAGGCUACAGUGAAAGUGCAGCCAGCUGAGCGAGUGUUCAUCAGAGAGAGAGUCACUCUCACAUGUGAUAUAGAAAGUGGAGAAGACUGGAGAUACGAGUGGUUUAAGAAUAAUAAUCCUCUCAGUGAAGCUCAAUGGAGGAAGAAAUAUGAAAUCUCUAAUGUUGAUGGGUCUGAUGAAGGUGAUUAUAGCUGUAAGGGAAGAGGGUUAACAGAGUCGAGCUACUCAGAGAUCAGUGCUGCUGUUAGACUGACUGUAUCAGAAAGGACUCCCAUUCCUGAGGCUACUUCUACACCGAUGCAGCAGCAGACACACACCAGUGAUGCUGUUACACUGGGUAAAUCAGCGAACGACCUGAUCAGCAAAGGGGUAAUUAUAAACGGUCAGCUCUUCCCGGUGUUGCCCCUCAGUACCCCCGCGAGAAAGGUGAUAUUGUCGAAUGUUCCCCCAUUCAUUAAGGACGAGCUACUCGUCCGUGAGCUUUCCCGCUACGGGAAGCUGGUCUCAUCCGUGAAACGGCUUAGUCUCGGACUCAAAUCGCCUCUUUUAAAGCACCUUGUGUCCUUUAGGAGAGUGGUUUUAAUGAAUUUGAAGGAUGGGGAGGAUCUGGACCUGGUCCUCAAACUGAAAGUGGACGAAUUUGAUUACACGGUGUACGUGUCCACUGACACCGAUAUGAAAUGUUUCUGGUGUGGACAAGCGGGUCAUCUGGUGCGAGCCUGCCCGGAGAAGGCUAACGCGAGCUCAGAUGUUCCCGCGGGUGCUGAGCGCGAGCGGCCGGGUCCUGCUGCUGCGGAGCCCGCGGUGGCCGUUCCCCCUGCGGCGGCUGCGGGCUCGGGCGCGGGAGGUGCGCCGACUGCCCCGGAGUCGGAACAGGGUGAGGUGAGCGGGUCCGAGGCUGAAGCGGAGGAGACCGGGGGAGCUGCACGCGCCGCGGAGGCACCUUCAUCACCUCCCCCAGCUGUGGAGGAGCCGCCCGUGGAGGAGGCGUGCAGCGCGGCGGGGGGCACUGAGGGGCAGACAGCAGAGGUGAGAGACUGCGAUAAACCUGCCUAUGCUGCAGCUGUGGUUUUAAAUGAUGUGGAGAUGGUGGAUGAACCUGUUUUUAAAGUGCCAACUAAAAGAAAGAAGUCAGGAAAGGAAACAGGGAAGAAGCAGGCAAAGACUGAGGUCAGUGGUACAGAUGAGGAGGUGAAGGGGAGUGAGGUUGAUGAUGAAGGUGAUAAUGAUGGCUCUGUUUCUGACUCUGGGUGGUCUGUGUGCUCUCAGGAUGAGAGAAUUCCUGUUGUUUAUACUGCUGUACAAAUUAAGAAGUUUUUAAAAGAGUCUAAAGGGCAGAGAGGUGUGCGGGUGGAGGAUCAUUUUUCAGACACAGACCAGUUCAUCCAUGACGUUAAACUUUUAAAAAGAGAAAAGGCUUUUACCUCCACAGAAGUAGACAUUACCAGAACUCUGAAAGCUCUGGAGAUUGAGAUUGUGGAGCUUGAAGGUUUUACAGAACCCACAGGAAAUCAAGAGCGUAUUACAGCUCUUAAAAGAAAAAAGGCUGCGUUAGCUGAUCUGCUAGGCAUUACAGCACAGGGGGCGCUGGUCCGUUCUCGUUUCCGUAAUGUAACGGAGAUGGAUGCUCCUUCAAAAUUCUUCUUUGGUCUCGAGCGUAAAAAUGGACAGAAAAGGUUUAUGCAUGCUGUGCGAACUGAAUCAGGGGAUCUCGUAUCUGAGCCUUCUGAAAUUCGCCAGCAGACAGUCAGCUUUUUCUCAAAGCUGUAUGAGAGUGAGCGAGCCAAUGCACAGGGUGUAGAGGAGAGAUUCUUCCCCCUUCAGGCAAAAAUUACGCCACAGUCUGCCAGGGCACUUGACGCUGAGCUCACCGUGGGUGAGCUGUACGAAGCCCUCCAGGGCAUGGAGAACGGCUGGGCUCCGGGCAUUGAUGGCCUCCCGGUGGAGUUCUAUAAGGCGUUUUGGUCAGUGUUGGGUCAGGAUGUGCUGGAGGUGCUUCAGGCCAGUGUGCAGGAUGGGAAGCUCCCGCUGAGCUGCAGGAGAGCUGUCCUGACCCUACUGCCAAAGAAGGGGGAUCUGACUUGGCUGAAAAACUGGCGCCCUGUGUCAUUGUUGUGUACAGACUGCAAGCUACUCUCAAAAGCAUUAGCCUCGAGACUGGGGAAGGUGAUGGAGCAGGUGGUUCACCUUGACCAGACGUACUGUGUGCCUGGCAGGUCUAUUUUUGAUAAUGUUCAUUUAAUUCGGGAUGUUUUGGCCGUCUCCAGACUAUUGGGCUUAAAGACUGGUCUCGUAUUUUUGGACCAGGAAAAGGCUUUUGACCGGGUUGAACACGAGUAUUUGUGGAAAGUUCUGGAGAACUUUGGGUUCAACCCUGGUUUCAUAGCUAUGAUCAAAGUUUUGUACAGUGAAAUAGAAAGUGUACUGAAAGUUAACGGUGGUUUGUGCGCUCCUUUUAAUGUUUACAGAGGUAUCAGGCAGGGGUGUGCUCUUUCGGGAAUGUUAUACAGCCUGUCUAUCGAGCCUCUGCUCUGCCAGCUGCGGCAGAGGCUCUCCGGAUUUAUUAUCCCGAAUUGUAGCACACCUCUACGCCUUUCUGCUUAUGCAGAUGAUCUGACUGUCCUGAUAACCUCUCAGAGUGACAUUGAUGUUUUAGUGGAUGUUUUAAAUGAUUUUAGAAUUUUAUCAUCUGCUAAAGUGAACUGGACAAAAAGCACUGCUGUUUUGGUGGGUGAAUGGCCUGGUGGGGGACCCGCACUGCCUGGGUUGUCAUGGAGGACGGGUGGUUUUAAAUAUCUGGGAGUGUACUUGGGAGACAGCGAAUACGAAAAGCAAAACUGGGAGGGAACUAUUGAGAAAGUGAAGGGUCGUCUCAAUAGGUGGAACUGGCUAGUCCCUCAGCUGUCUUAUCGGGGUCGGGUUUUAAUUGUAAAUAACCUUGCUGCUUCUUUUUUAUGGCAUAAGCUGGUGUGUGUGGAUCCCCCACCGAACCUACUUGCUGGCAUUCAGGCUUUACUGGUGGACUUCUUCUGGGACAGACUGCACUGGCUACCACAGGCAGUUCUUUUCCUGCCCAAGGAGGAAGGAGGACAAGGGCUGGUCCACCUAGCCAGUAGGACUGCUGCCUUUCGCCUUCAGUUCGUCCAGAGACUGCUCACCGGCCCACAGGACUUGGUAUGGAGAGCAGUGGCAUGCCGGAUUUUACAGACUGUGGGCGGAAUGGGACUAGACAGAUCUUUGUUUUUAAUGGACACCAAAGCACUGGAUUUUAAUGGAUUACCUUUGUUUUAUCGUGGACUUUUUAGAAUUUGGAACUUUUUUAACAUGUCCAGACUGGGUGAUGCCUCAUUGCACUGGCUCCUGGAAGAACCUCUGGUCUAUGGGUCACGACUGGAUGUGACGAGCCGGACCUCCCCCUCUCUGGUCAGGAUGCUGGUCUCCAUGAAUGUCAUGACGCUUCGUCAGCUGGUGGAGGUUGCAGGGCCAGGGUUGGACGGAGUGGAGAACCUGGCGGUGCGUCUGAGGGUGAGGUCCUUCCGAGUCGUGGCCCAGAUAUUGCAGCGCUGGAGGUCAGCGCUGUCUUCUGAGGAGCGGGUUCUGCUAACGGACUAUGGCACAGGAGUACUCAGCCCUGAUGGAGAUGACCCCUUUCCCAGGGUCAUCAUCACCCCGGACUAUCAGGGCUGUCAGGGACCGCUCCUGAACAGCACAGAGGAGCCGGACAUGGACCUCAGCUCGGUGUCUGGAAAAAGACUGUACAGGACCUGUGUAAAAGUUUUUAACAGAAAGAGACUGGAGACCAGAGCAGACACACCGUGGCGUGAUGCUCUGGGUCUCAGUGAUGAGGUUCACCCAGAAUGGAGAGCGCUGUAUAAACCACCGUUAACGAAGAGAGUGGCUGACCUGCAGUGGAGGAUUUUACACGUUUCUUUCCUUACUGUAGUGCUGACUGUACUUCACUGUGGACAAACUCAAGAAAAACCAACACUGACAGUGUAUCCUCACACCACUGUCUACACUGGAGACACAUUUACUCUGACCUGUGAUCUGAAGAUCUCACACACUGGAUGGAAGUUUACGUGGUACAGAGUCUCUAAUCAGUUAGAAACUAUGAAAGAGAAUGGACCCAGCACACUCAGUAUAACAGCGUCUGAUACAGGAUCAACAGUGUAUCUGUGUAAAGCAUACAGAGGAGUAUACGCCUCACAAUACAGUGAUCCAGUCAAUAUUACAGUAAAAGAAAAAACACUCAAACCAACACUGAUGGUGAAUCCUGACACCACUGUCUACACUGGAGACAUACUUACUCUGACCUGUGAUCUAAAGAGCUCUCUCACUGGAUGGAAAUUUAGGUGGUUCAGAGUCUCUCAGCAGUUACAACCUCUGACUCCUGAAGAUAUGGACACCAACACACUCAGUAUAACAGCGUCUGAUACAGCAGAGUAUCAGUGUUCAGCACUCAGAGGAGAAAACAGCUACACAGACUACAGUGAUCCAGUCAAAAUUACAGUAAGAAAGAGACCAAAGGCUACAGUGAAAGUGCAGCCAGCUGAGCGAGUGUUCAUCAGAGAGAGAGUCACUCUCACAUGUGAUAUAGAAAGGGGAGAAGACUGGAGAUACGAGUGGUUUAAGAAUAAUAAUCGUCUCAGUGAAGCUCAAUGGAGGAAGAAAUAUGAAAUCUCUAAUGUUGAUGGGUCUGAUGAAGGUGAUUAUAGCUGUAAGGGAAGAGGGUUAACAGAGUCGAGCUACUCAGAGAUCAGUGCUGCUGUUAGACUGACUGUAUCAGAAAAACCCAAACCAACACUGAGGGUGAAUCCUCUCACCACUGUCUACACUGGAGACACACUUACUCUGACCUGUGAUCUGAAGAUCUCACACACUGGAUGGACGUUUAUGUGGUUCAGAGUCUCUCAGCCGUUACAACCUCUGACUCCUGAAUAUAAAACCACCAACACACUCAGUAUAACAGUGUCUGAUACAGCAGAGUAUCAGUGUUCAGCACUCAGAGGAGAAAACAGCUACACAGACUACAGUGAUCCAGUCAAGAUUACAGUAAGAAAAAAACCCAAACCAACACUGAUGGUGAAUCCUCACACCACUGUCUACACUGGAGACACACUUACUCUGACCUGUGAUCUGCAGAACUCUGGAUGGGUGUUUACAUGGUACAAAAUCUCUCCUCAGUCAGAACUUUUGUCUCAGAAUGGACCCAGCACUCUCAGUAUAACAGCGUCUGAUACAGGAUCAACAGUGUAUCAGUGUGUAGCAUACAGAGGAGCAUACGGCUCAGAAUACAGUGAUCCAGUCAAGAUUACAGUAAACGCAACUUGGGAAAAAGAAAAAAAACCCAAACCAACACUGAGGGUGAAUCCUCACACCACUGUCUACACUGGAGAUACACUUACUCUGACCUGUGAUCUGAACACCUCACACACUGGAUGGAAGUUUAGAUGGUUCAGAGUCUCUCAGCAGGUAGAACCUGAGACUACUGAAUAUAAAAACACCAACACACUCAGUAUAACAGCGUCUGAUACAGCAGAGUAUCUGUGUUCAGCACUCAGAGGAGAAAACGACUUUACACAACUCAGUGAUUCAGUCAGGAUUACAGUAAGAGAAAAACCCAAACCAACACUGAGGGUGGAUCCUCACACCACUGUCUACACUGGAGACACACUUACUCUGACCUGUGAUCUGAAGAUCUCACACACUGGAUGGACGUUUAUGUGGUUCAGAGUCUCUCAGCCUUUACAACCUCUGACUCCUGAAUAUAAAAACACCAACACACUCAGUAUAACAGCGUCUGAUACAGCAGAGUAUCGGUGUUCAGCACUCAGAGGAGAAAACAUUCACACAGACUACAGUGAUCCAGUCAAGAUUACAGUGAGAAAGAGACCAAAGGCUACAGUGAAAGUGCAGCCAGCUGAGCGAGUGUUCAUCAGAGAGAGAGUCACUCUCACAUGUGAUAUAGAAAGUGGAGAUGACUGGAGUUACGAGUGGUUUAAGAAUAAUAAUCCUCUCAGUGAAGCUCAAUGGAGGAAGAAAUAUGAAAUCUCUAAUGUUGAUGGGUCUGAUGAAGGUGAUUAUAGCUGUAAGGGAAGAGGGUUAACAGAGUCGAGCUACUCAGAGAUCAGUGCUGCUGUUAGACUGACUGUAUCAGAAAAACCCAAACCAACACUGAGGGUGAAUCCUCACACCACUGUCUACACUGGAGACACACUUACUCUGACCUGUGAUCUGAAGAUCUCACACACUGGAUGGAAGUUUAGAUGGUUUAAAGUCUCUCAGCAGUUACAUCGUCUGACUCCUGAAGAUACGGACACCAACACACUCAGUAUAACAGCGUCUGAUACAGCAGAGUAUCAGUGUUUAGGACGCACAAGAAUAAACGUCUACACAAACCACAGUGAUCCAGUCAAGAUUACAGUAAGAAAGAGCCCAAAGGCUACAGUGAAAGUGCAGCCAGCUGAGCGAGUGUUCAUCAGAGAGAGAGUCACUCUCACAUGUGAUAUAGAAAGUGGAGAAGACUGGAGUUACGAGUGGUUUAAGAAUAAUAAUCCUCUCAGUGAAGCUCAAUGGAGGAAGAAAUAUGAAAUCUCUAAUGUUGAUGGGUCUGAUGAAGGUGAUUAUAGCUGUAAGGGAAGACGGUUAACAGAGUCGAGCUACUCAGAGAUCAGUGCUGCUGUUAGACUGACUGUAUCAGAAAAAACCAAACCAACAGCCAGGGUGGAUCCUCCCACCACUGUUAAGAGAACAGUAGGGGAAAAGUCCAAACCAACAACCAGGGCGGGUCCCCACAGCACUGUUAGGAGUACAGAGAAAGCUCUGCCUAAACCUAAACUCACAUCGAGUCUUACAGGAUCUGCACUGAGAGGAAGUUCAGUUACUCUGGAGUGUGAACUGGAUCAGACUACUGGAUGGAAGUUUUACUGGUAUAAAAACACACAGAAGAAUCAGAUUAGGUCCAGCACUGAAACACACUCCUACACCAUCAGUAUAGUUAGUGACUCUGAUGGAGCUUUAUCUCCUCCAGUCUCUCUGAUGGUUCGUCCAAGCAGAACUCAACACUUUACUGAAGCCUCUCUGUCUCUGAGCUGUGAGGGACAGAGUGACUCUACUGGAUGGAGAGUGAGACGAUACACACACAGUGAGAAGGUUUCAGAUUGUACAUCAGUCUGGGGAUCAGGUACAGGAUCUACAUGCAGCAUCAGCUCUCUCUCCACAUCUCACACUGGAGUGUACUGGUGUCAGUCUGAAUCUGGAGGGAGGAGUUAUCCUGUCAACAUCACAGUGCACAAUGGUGAUGUAAUCCUGGACAGUCCUAUUCAUCCUGUCUCUGAGGGAGCUUCUCUGACUCUCCGCUGUUUAAAUCGCCUCAACCUCUCAGCGGAUUUCUAUAAAGAUGGAUCAUUCCUCCAGACCCAGCCUGCAGGAGAGAUGAUCAUCCCUGCUGCUUCAAAGAUACAUGAAGGUUUCUACCAAUGUAAACACCCAGAGAAAGGAGAGUCACCCACGAGCUGGAUCUCAGUCAGAGGUGCAGAAGCUCCAUUCUCAGUCCUCUGUCUGCUCAGUUGUCUGGUGGCGGCGUCUCCAUAUCUGCUAGCCUCUAUCAUACUGGGGGUGAAAUGCUACAGAGCUCGAGCUGAACCUGAUGAGGUGAACAGAACGUAAGAACUGAUAGAAGAGGAACAUCGUACUGAGAGCUGAAUUCCAGGUCUUCAUGUUAGAUUUUUAAUCCUGUGUGCUUUUAGGACCCUGUUAGAGACCCCCAGUCUGACAGUUCAGCAGUAGAGGAUUUUAAAGAACAGCUUCAUCCACUGAAACAUCCAGCAGCUUUAUUUACUCUCUCUGUCAGUAAGUGCAGUACUAGUUAUGAGACACGGGUGGCGCUGUUCAGCUACAGACUGAGUCUUUAAACUCACUUAAUCUUUGUAACAAAAAAUCUUUGUAACAAAUAUUCUUUUUAAUAUUUCUAACAUUUAACAUUUUAUUAUAUUAUUAGUAUAUAUCUAUCUUUUACAGUUUGUUCUUAAAUUUCCUUAUCAGUUUUAAUAUUUUGUAUCACUGUUUUAUCCUUUUUUAUUAUGAACUGUUAUGUUUUAAACUCA